AUGGAGACCAAUAUACAGCCUCAGGAACCAAGGCCAGAAACACCCAUGCCGAGUCCGACCGGUAAGUUUCAAUAUCGUGAGAUAACCAUUACAUUCUCUUUUUUUCUGUUUUCCUCCUUCCUUCCUUUCGGUAUUAUGCAGCUCCUUGCAGCAGACUAACUGGGAAUGGGCAGCAGAAGUUUCUUUCUUUCUUUUUGGGGUUCUUCUUCCUGAGGUUUCUUUCCACGCCUGAAAACUUUCCGUAUAGCCUCUAAUGUCCUAUACGGCCAAAGUAGUGAUUUAAAAUGGAAGUGGAUGUAACUGCAUAAUUUUACCCCAAGCACAGCAAGAUUUGGUCUUGAAACACGCGCUCCCUAUUCGCCCUCCCCCGCUUUUAUUUAUUAUUAUGAAUUAUGUGGUGCAAGCCUUAAAUUCAUGAGGGAAAACUUACCCCUAUCCUUAGCCGCUUAGCCAUAUUCUUGGUUCUUGGGACAGAAACAUGCUCCUAAAGUGUCCGAUCCUUGCUGCCCAUCCCCAAUUCUGAGCCAAGCAGGUCUUCUGCCCCUUUGGAGCGAUGCAUCAACUUUGAUGUCAUCAAGAGAAGUGAAGCUACUGUGGAACCGUUGCUCUGCCAAGUCCUCAAGGGGUGGUACAUAGUUCUCUCCCCCAUGUAUUCCCACCACCACGCUGAGAGGCAGUGACUCGGCAUUCAGUGAGCUUCAAGGCCUAGUGAGGCUGUGGACCCUGGUCUGCCCAGUCUUAGUUCAAGACUCUUGCCACUACCUGUCAGAGGAAUUGGCAAAAAGCCACAGGAAAAGAUUUUGCAAUUAUGCAACUGUCUGUCAAUCUGAGCACUUUUGCCUUAGCCAAUGUAGACCCCAGCCAUGCUUAGGCAGCUGCUGACUGCUGCUACAUGUAUGAUAUUAAGUGUGGUAAAAGAGCCAGGAUGCUUCCCUGGAUGUUUGAUCCUGGUCCAUAUUGGAGAUGUAACUCUAUUUGUGUUUCUCCUCCUGCUGCAGGUGUGAGUGUGGAUUCGGAAGAAUCUACUUGGUAAGUUUCUUCACUGAAAGUCUUUGCAAAAGACGUGGACAAUAUUGACGCUGCUUCUGUACAGUCACUUUUACUGUGAGCCCAAUCGAGAUGCACACUUCCACAGCCUGCAGCUUUCCUCGUGUUCCCAACAGUGCACUGCUACCUUGUGCAAACAGAAAGUUAUGGAGGGACCAUGCAACUUUUUUUCUUUUGGAAGUUUGCAAUUUGAUAAAAAGUUUUUUAAUCAUUUCUUGCAAAUUUAAAGCGUGCCUGCCAUUUAAUUGACAUUGAUAAGUUUCCCCAUGUUUUGCCUCAGCAUAUGAGGGUGUAAUGGUUCUAGGGGUUGCUUGUGCGUAAAUCGGCGCCACACCUGGUUGGGUUGCCUGAGUGAACCUUUUCUGUCCGGACAGCCACUCACCCGUAGCUGUCUCAAUCGCUGGCAGAAUCUGUCAGUGGGCGUUUCUUGAACUUCUUCCAGCAAAGAAGUUCUUUGACGCCUAGUCUCCGCCUAGUCUUCCUGCGCGGAAGCCUUCUGCGCAGGAAAGGUGUGGGCAGCGGAGGACCCGUGCUCUCCCUGCUGGUCCCCGGCGAAGAGUCAUGGAGCCACCUCGCCGAUUCCCCCAUCUGCCCCCCUUCUCCACUGGUGCUAUGCUGAUUUCCUUCCCCAGAAGAUGUGCUGCUUCUCUCCCUCCCGGGACGCCCUCCGGAAUCCCUCUGGAGCCCUCCCUCUCCCCCUGGCUCCGAUGGCAGUUCCCUGACAUCCACCUCCUCCCCAGGACCCCCUCCACCCCCGGCGCGAUUUUCCGAUAUAACCUCGUCUCUUUCCUCAGCCGACGAUGCGGGGAAUCCCCUGAAGGAGCUGUCACCAUCCUCUGAGGAUUCAAAACCAGCCUCCCACCCGCUCAGAUCUCUCCCCUCAGGGUGGACCUCCCAGUCUGAUUCUUCUCCCUCUGACACCUCUCCUCCCUCCUCUUCGGAGGCAGGAAAACCCACAAAGUCCCCUUCGUCGUCUGUGGUUCCAAAUUCUUCCUCCCAGAAUCUCGCUAGUGGUUUUGGCUUAUCCGGGAACAGACUGUGGAAUUCUUCCACCAGAUACCCAUCAUUGAUUGACUUAGCGGGAACCCACGUGUUUUCUGACCUGGGUUCUCCUUCCCAAGCUACCAAGUACUCCACCUGGCGACCUCGCCACCUUGAAUCGAGUAUUUCCGUGGCUUGGUUGCAGUGUUCCCUCUCCUCUACCUGUGGGUGAGUGGUGACUCCUCCCUCCCGCCCCGGAAAUUCCCGCCCCUACCUGUACGGUGAAAGUAGGGACCUAUGGAACACCGGAUGUAUCUUCAUGCUGUCCGGCAACUUGAGUUUGAAUGCCACUGGGUUCACCUGCUGUGUUACCUCAAAAGGCCCCAGCCGCCUCAGCUGCAACUUCUUGCACCCUCCCUUUAGGGGUAACCCUUGGGUUGACAACCACACCCGGUCUCCCACCCUUAUGGCCUCCCCCUCCCGACAGUGCUUGUCCGCCUGCCUCUUGUAAACUUCCUUGGCCUGCUCCAAGUUCAUCUUGAGUUGCUGGUGCAAGGCCUCCAUUUCUUCUAUAAACUGCUCGGCUGCGGGUACACUCCAUGCUUCCUCCCCCCUCCCCGGGAAGGCCCUGGGGUGACACCCAUAAUUGGCCAUAAACAGGCUCAUUCCCGUGGACACACGUUCAGCGUCAUUGUACGCAAAUUCAGCCAAGGCUAGUUUCUCUACCAAUCGUUCUGUCUCUCGCUGACGUAGCAGCAUAGGUAUUGCUGGAGUAUACUGUUCGCUCUUUCUGCUUGUCCGUUGGCUUCUGGGUGUCUCGCCGUCGAGAAGCUCACCUCAACCUGUAGCAAGCUCAUGAGCUUCCUCCAGAACCUGGAAGUAAAUGGUUUCCCGCGAUCCGAGAUUACCCCCGAGGUAGCCCCAUGCAGUCUGAAAAUGUGAUCCAUAAACAACCUGGCUGUCUCCUCCGCCGUCACCGCGUGUGAGCAAGCUAUGAAAUGGCACAUUUUUGUCAGUAGAUCGACUACUACCAUGACUGCUGUCUUCCCCCUUGACUUGGGCAAAUCUGUCAUAAAAUCAAUGGACACCACCUCCCAGGGCCUUCCCGGUGUAGGUAAGGGUUCCAGUAGUCCUGCGGGGCAGCCCUCUUCCUUUGCCCUCUGGCAUCGGUCGCACCCCCGUACAUAUUCCCGUACGUCUUCCCUCACUUUUGGCCACCAGAACUGCCUGGUGACGAGCAGCAUGGUCUUGUGCUGUCCAAAGUGCCCAGCUGUUGGGUUGUCAUGGAGUUGUUUAAGUACCUUCCCCCUCAAGGUCUCCCCUGGUACAUACAGUGCCCCCUUAUAAUACUUAUAAUACAGUAGCCCUUCCUUUUCCUCAAACCCUCCAUGGUCUUCCCUUCCGUCCCAGAGUUCCCUGAUUUUUGCUUGAGCGAACACGUCGUCUCUAGUAAGCCCUGCCAGUUCUCGUUUCCCAACCAACAUUUUCCCACACACACACCGAUCCUCAGGAAACACGUGUCGGAUCUCUGGUGGUUCCUCUCCCUCCAGGUACUCCAGUUUCCGGGAGAGAGCAUCUGCUCUUACAUUUUCCUCUCCCGGCACGUAUCUGAUCUCGAAGGAAAACUUGGCGAACUCCUGGGCCCAUCGAAUCUGUCUUUGGUUGAGCACCCACGUGGUCCGCCAGUAUUCCAAGUUCUUGUGGUCAGUACAAACCUGGAUUUUGUGCCGCGCCCCUACCAACAGAUGUCUCCAUUGCCGAAACGCUGCAUAGAUCUCAAGCAGUUCUCGGUCAUACACUGUGUAGUUUUGCUCUGACUUGCUCAGCUUCCUUGAGAAAAAGGCACAUGGCCUCCAGUCCUGCUUGGCCCCGGGCUGCAAAAGGACCACUCCAACAGCUCGGUUGGUCGGACGCGUCCGUCUCCAGUCUCAUGGGCUUCUCCAGAUCCACGUGCAGGAGCUGCUCUUCCGAAGCGAACGCCUUCUUCAGCCUUUGAAAGGAUUGCUGGGCACUUUCUGUCCACGCGAACUUCUUUUUGCUACUGAGACAAUCUGUUAUGGGCGCUGUCAAGUGAGCGAAGUUCUUUAUGAACUUCCUGUUGCUGAACCCUAAGAACCUCUGCACAUCCUUCCGGGUUUUGGGAGCUUUCCAUUCCAGCACUGCCUUCACCUUGCCUGGGUCCAUAGCUAGGCCCUUGUCUGACAACUUGUACCCCAGAAACUUGACCUCCCUGGCGUGAAAUUGGCAUUUUUCCAGCUUGACCCACAACUGAUGCUUCUGCAGUCUCUGUAGCACUUCCCUGACGUCUUUGACGUGUUGCUUCUCAUUGUCCGAAUAGAUUAAGACGUCAUCCAAAAAGGCUACGCAAUUCUUGUACAGCAGGGGCCCCAACACAUGGUGCAUGAAUGCUUGAAAGCAGGCGGAGCCCGAUUGUAAUCCAAAUGGCAUAACUAAGUACUCGAAGGCCCCUGGGGGGUGAACAUGGUAGUUUUCCAUUCGUCCCCCUCCCUUAUCCUGAUUAAAUUGUAUGCCCCCCUGAGGUCCAGCUUGGUAAAAUCUUCCCCUGCCUCACCCGGGUUAAAAUGUCGUCAAUCCUUGGCAUUGGGAAGGUCACGGGUUCUGACACCAGGUUCAACCCCUAUAAUCCACGACCAAUCUAGGCUGAUUAGUGUCUUUUUGUCCACAAAGAACACCGGACUGCCCCCACCGCCUUUGAUUCCCUUAUGAACCCCUCUUCAGGUUCUUGUCAAUAAACUGCCGCAACUCCUGCAUCUCCCGGUCGGACAUGGCAUACAGCUACCCACCGGCAACUGAGCCCCUGGGAGUAGGUUGAUUUGGCAGUCAAAGGGCCUGUGGGGGGGUAGUCUAUCUGCCUCCUUCUCGCUGAAGACCUCCUUCAGGUCAGCAUAUUGUGGUGGCACCUCCCCCUUUUGUUCCACGGCCAGCCCAGCCACCCUGACCACCGUCAUUCUUGGGUUCUCCCUCCCAGACAGUGUCCUAAGCAGUAAGCUGACCCAAAGGUGACUGACCGCUGAUGCCAUGACACUACGGGAUCAUGCAGUGCCAACCAGCUCAUUCCCAGUAUUAUUGGGGGUCCUGCCAGUGUGGCCACGUGAAAGGCAAUGGUCUCCAUGUGCCUGGAAACCCUCAUUCGCAUUGGCGGGGUCUGGUGUGUCACUUCCCCUCCCAGAAGUUCCCUGCCAUCGAUGGUUGUCACCUGCAAGGGAAAAUCUAGAGGCAACAGGUGGAUUUGGUGCUCCAGAGUGAAGUCUCUGCUGAAGAAAUUACACGAGCUGCCCGAAUCCAGCAGUCCCUUAAUUUUGACAGGGUGCCCAUUCGGAAGUUCUAGCACCACUUCUAUGGCUAUAGCUGCCUUGGGGGGGUCAGGGUGGGGCACUUCUAUUGGUUGCUGGCCUGGCUGCUGCCCCUGCUGGUUGGCAGCCAGGCGUUGUCGUUUCCCUGCGCCUGCCCUUCCUCCCCCUUCUCGUCGAGGCCUGCAGCCCCCACCAUCCCUUGCCAGGCCUUUCGUUGAGGGCAGACCUUAGCAAAAUGUCCUGGUCGUUGACAGAGGAAACACUUCUUAGUAGUUUUCCACCCUUUUCCCUCCCUUUUACGACCUUCACCGGAGUUUGAAACCUCUCUCGCGCGCGUGCGCCAUCAAUUUCCAUUGGCUCCGCCGCCUGGGAAGGCUCCCUCGGUAUCUCUGGAAUGCGGUAGUCAUGGAAACGUUCCUCUCUCAUUUCCCGCUUUUCCUGCGCCCGCGCUUCUUGGCGUACGCCUAUCGUGAGCACAGCCUUUGUGAGCUCGUCCAUCGACCGUGGCCGGGGUGCUCGGGACAACUCGUCUUUCACUUCGGGGGACAGACCCGCCUCAAACAACAUUUGUAUCGGUUCAGAGUCCAGAUCCCACCCGAGCCGGUGGACUAACAUUGCAAAACGCGACCAGUAGUUUCUGACGGACUGGCUCCCCUGCUUGCACCCCAUCAGUUCCCGCCUUGUCACGCUUUGCUCCACCUCGCUGGAGAACAUCGCGUCCAUUCCCUGAAAGAAUUUCUUAAGGUCCUUCAAGGCAUCAUUUUGCAUCGCAAUUAGGGGCCUGAUCCAUUCGCGCGCCCCAUCCUGCAGAUGCCCCACAAUGUAAGCUUUCCCCGUCAUCAGCAAAGUCAUCUUUCUGCAGCUCCAAAGCGUACUGCACUUCUGUUCGGAAAGCAUUGUAGUCUUGGGGCUUUCCACCAAACUUGUGUACCAGCCCCGGUACUUUCCUUGCGAUGGGGGUGGUUCUGACCUGUGCAUCCUGAGCCCGUCUUUCCUCCAGCCGCGCCGUCAGGAAAGCUACAUGCGUCUCCAAGUCUCGGUUCCUCUCGACCAGACUCCGCACCGCAGCUGGCUGCUCCGUCUCUCCGGCUGUUCCUGUUUGGCUUAUCGUGCUGCCUUUCAGGGGCUGCGCACAAGCAACGUCAGUGACUGACGGAUUGCUGUAAUGGUUCUAGGGGUUGCUCGUGCGUAAAUCGGCGCCACACCUGGCUGGGUUGCCUGAGUGAACCUUUUCUGUCCGGACAGACACGGGCGAGUGGCUGUCUCAAUCGCUGGCAGAAUCCGUCAGUGGGCGUUUCUUGAACUUCUUCCAGCAAAGAAGUUCUUUGACGCCUAGUCUCCGCCUAGUCUCCCUGCACGGAAGCCUUCUGCACAGGGUGGGUGUGGGCAGCGGAGGACCCGUGCUCUCCCCGCUGGUCCCCGGUGAAGAGUCAUGGAGCCACCUCGCCGAUUCCCCCAUCUGCCCCCCUUCUCCACUGGUGCUACGCUGAUUUCCUUCCCCAGAAGAUGUGCUGCUUCUCUCCCUCCCGGGACGCUCUCCGGAAUCCCUCUGGAGUGCUCCCUCUCCCCCUGGCUCCGAUGGCAGUUCCCUGACAGAGGGCAUAGCAAUUCCAAACACAUGCACCCCAGAAAGAUUCCCUUAAAAAGCCAUUCUUCACUAGACAGUUGUCCAUUGCAACACUGACUCAAUAUAUACUUAUGGCUCAAUUCUUGCCCUGUGUCUAUAAAGAAAUUAUUUUAUUUGGUUUGUUCUCACAGCCUAACUUCUUUUCUGGCAUGGAGGAGUAAGUGGCGGUUUGAUCCACAUAUGUCUUCCCUACCUUGCAUGCCUGACAAGAUGUUUCUUUUAUCAGGUUGCCAGGGACAUCUUCUAGUCCUCAGCCCCAAACAUCUCAACUGGAUCAAGCUUGUGCAAUGGAUGAUUCAGCUUUGCAUCCUUCUACAUCUCAGAGGGCCUCAGACUCUGGAAUCCUAGAUGUUCCCCACCAGGAAAUAAGCACUCCUUCAACAAGAGGACCGAUGCCCACUGUUGUAAUCUCUGGUACUGAAAGGUCUGAGGCAGAAUUGAACAUGGAGACCAAUAUACAGCCUCAGGAACCAAGGCCAGAAACACCCAUGCCGAGUCCGACCGGUAAGUUUCAAUAUCGUGAGAUAACCAUUACAUUCUCUUUUUUUCUGUUUUCCUCCUUCCUUCCUUUCGGUAUUAUGCAGCUCCUUGCAGCAGACUAACUGGGAAUGGGCAGCAGAAGUUUCUUUCUUUCUUUUUGGGGUUCUUCUUCCUGAGGUUUCUUUCCAUGCCUGAAAACUUUCCGUAUAGCCUCUAAUGUCCUAUACGGCCAAAGUAGUGAUUUAAAAUGGAAGUGGAUGUAACUGCAUAAUUUUACCCCAAGCACAGCAAGAUUUGGUCUUGAAACACGCGCUCCCUAUUCGCCCUCCCCCGUUCUUAUUUAUUAUUAUGAAUUAUGUGGUGCAAGCCUUAAAUUCAUGAGGGAAAACUUACCCCUAUCCUUAGCCGCUUAGCCAUAUUCUUGGUUCUUGGGACAGAAACAUGCUGCUAAAGUGUCCGAUCCUUGCUGCCCAUCCCCAAUUCUGAGCCAAGCAGGUCUUCUGCCCCUUUGGAGCGAUGCAUCAACUUUGAUGUCAUCAAGAGAAGUGAAGCUACUGUGGAACCGUUGCUCUGCCAAGUCCUCAAGGGGUGGUACAUAGUUCUCCUCCCCCCAUUUAUUCCCACCACCACGCUGAGAGGCAGUGACUCGGCAUUCAGUGAGCUUCAAGGCCUAGUGAGGCUGUGGACCCUGGUCUGCCCAGUCUUAGUUCAAGACUCCUGCCACUACCUGUCAGAGGAAUUGGCAAAAAGCCACAGGAAAAGAUUUUGCAAGUAUGCAACCGUCUGUCAAUCUGAGCACUUUUGCCUUAGCCCAUGCUAGACCCCAGCCAUGCUUAGGCAGCUGCAGAAUGCUGCUACAUGUAUGGUAUUAAGUGUGGUAAAAGAGCCAGGAUGCUUCCCUGGAUGUCUGAUCCUGGUCCAUAUUGGAGAUGUAACUCUAUUUGUGUUUCUCCUCCUGCUGCAGGUCUGAGUGUGGCUUCUGAAGAGGCUACUGGGUAAGUUUCUUCACUUAAAGUCUGCCAGGGAACUGCCAUUGGAAAGGGGGAGGGAGGCAGGAGGUACAGAGAGCCUCCAGUGAUUCUGCGAAGCAGCUCCUCAUCCGGCAAUGGAGAAAGCCUCAACCACAAACGCCCCUUCCGUCGCUCUGCUUGCGCAGAGUGGUGAAACAUAAGGAGGGGAGGCAGAGAUAUGGGGUGGCUAAGUUCUUAUGGACCACAUAGCAGCGGUCCUGACAGAUCUGCAUUGGCUCCCAGUAUGUUUCCGAGCACAUUUCAAAGUGUUGGUGCUGACUUUUGAAGCCCUAAAUGGCCUUGGUCCUGUAUACCUGAAGGAGCGUCUCCACUCCCAUCAUUCAGACCAGACACUGAGAUCCAGCGCUGAGGGCCUUCUGGUGGUUCCCUAAUUGUGAGAAGUGAGGUUACAGGGAACCAGACAGAGGGCCUUCUCAGUAGCGGCGCCUGCCCUGUGGAACACCCUCCCUUCAGAUAUGAAGUAAAUAAGCAGCUAUCUUAUCUUUAAAAGACAUCCGAAGGCAGCCCUGUUUAGGGAAGUUUUUAAUAUUUGAUGCUGUAUUGUUUUUAACACUUGAUUGGAAGCCGCCCAGAGUGGCUGGGAAAACUCAGCCAGAUUAUUAUUAUUAUUAUUAUGCUGGGGGAGAAACCGGAAAGGGGCACUCCUGGAAUCUGCAAGUGACUAAGACGGACAUGAACUUUGGAGUUGUGCACUGUAAAUAGCUUGCACCAAUAAAACCUGAAAAAGACAUGUCGGAGUCUUGCUUGGUUACUCACGAGCAACCACCUGCACAUCUGACAGCAUUCCGGGAGUCUUUGUGGUUGCUCAUGGGUAGCAGUGCAGAUUUUUGGUGGCCCAGAGUAAGAGAGGAUGUGCGGGAUUAUGGAAGAGGAUGCGACGUGUGUCAGAGAGCAAAGAGGGAAAGGGCGGCCCCGGCGGGGUUGCUAGAACCCUUGCCAACGCCUGGGAGGCCAUGGGAGGUGGUAUCCAUAGACUUUAUGAUGGACCUGCCCCUGUCCAGAGGUAAGAUGGCAGUUAUGGUGGUGGUGGAUCUGCUGACCCAAAUGUGUCACUUUGUGGCAUGCUCUCAUGUAGUGACAGCAGAGUUGUUUGUGGAUGGAUCACAUAUUUCGGCUGCAUGGGGUCCCUUCUAGGGUAAGAUCCAAUUGUGGAAGACAGUUCACCUCACGUUUCUGGCGCAAACUCAUGAGUUUGUUGCAGGUAGACAUGAGCUUCUCGACAGCAAGGCACCCACAAACUAAGGGACAGGUGGAGGGAGCGAACGCUAUUUUGCAGCAGUACUUGCGCUGUUGCGUCAAUCAGAGGCAGAAUGAUUGGGUGGAGAAGCCAGCACUGGCAGAGUUUGCGUACAACAAUGCUGAACACGUGUCCACAGGGAUGAGUCCCUUCCUUGCCAAUUACGGGUGUCACCCCAGGGCCUUUCCAGGGCGGGAGGAGGAGGAAUGGAGUAUACCGGCCGCAGAGCAAUUUGUGGAAGAGAUGGAGGCCAUACACCAACAGCUCAAGAAAACUCUGGAGAGAACCAAGGAGGCGUACAAGAAGGAGGCAGACAAACAUAGGAGACCAGGGGAGGUCAUCCAGGUGGGGGACAAGGUGUGGUUGUCAUCUCAGGGGUUGCCCCUGAGAGGGGGGUGCAAGAAAUUGCAGCCUAGGAGGGUAGACCCCUUUGAAGUGACACAGCAGGUCAACCCAGUAGCGUUUAGGCUAAGUUGCUGGAUAACAUGAGGAUACAGCCGAUGUUUCACAGGUCACUGCUGUUGCCUUACAGGGAGGGGCACGGCUUCCUGGAGAGGGAGCAGGAGGAGCCCGCCUCACCGAGCGUAGAAGAAAGAGAACAAUAUAAUGAAGCGACGGAGAUACAGGACUCCAGGUGGAACGGAGAUCAACUAGAAUAUCUAGUUGCUUGGGAGGAUGCUCCCAUUUCGGAAAACGCGUGGAUUCCUGCGGAGCAGGUGACGGAGGCGUAUCUCAUAGAGGAGUUCCACAGUCUCUUCCCAGACAAGCCCAAACCCCCGGAGAGGUUUUUCACAGAGGUGUUCGGAUCUACAGACGACGAGGGGACCUUUGAGGGAUUCCAAUCCUCUGGGGAGGAGGAGGGAACGGGGAAUGAAGUUGCUGAGACCUCUGAUGUGGAGCGACGUUCCGAGGAGUCAGAUACAAUUUGGGGGGUUUGGGAAAAAAUUUUUGAAGACGGAUAUCCUCCGGUGGAGGAGGAGGAGAAGGAGAACAACAACAUCUUCCUCAACUUCACACCUCCCGACGCCAGGGAGGUGGAUUAUACAAAGUGGGCGAAGGCCUGGGCUAUGCCACUCGAAAGGGUGGGGGAGGCAUGGGCGUACAGAGAGCCCCCAGUGAUUCUGAGAAGCAGCUCCUCAUCCAGCAGUGAAGAAAGCGACAAUGAAGGGAGGUGAAGGGAGGGGAGGCGGAGAUUUGGGGUGUCUAAGUUCUUAUGGACCACAUAACACCGGUCCUGAGAGAUCUGCAUUGGCUUCCAGUACGUCUCCCAUUUAUUCCCAUUUAGCUUCAAGGCCUAGUGUGGCUGUAGACCCUGGUCCGUCCAGUCUUAGUUCAAGACUCUUGCCAGUACCUGUCAGAGGAAUUGGCAAAACGCCACAGGAAAAGAUUUUGCAAGUAUGCAACAGUCUGAGCACGAUUGCCUUAGCCCAUGCUAGACCCCAGCCAUGCUAAGGCAGCUGCUGACUGCUGCUAUAUGUAUGAUAUUGUGGUAAAAGAGCCAGGAUGCUUCCCUGGAUGUUUGAUCAUGGUCCAUAUCGGAGAUGUAACUCUAUUUGUGUUUCUCCUCCUGCUGCAGGUUGGAACAAACACCAGAAACAUUCAAGGAGGUUUUAAAGUAUUUCUGAAUAUCAAAAUUAGCUGAAUUUGCUAAUUAAGUAUAUACAGUGGAUGCUCAGGUUGCGAACGUGAUCUAUGUGGGAUGCACAUUCGCAACCCGCAGGGUUCUCAACGCUCAUCUGCGCAUGCGCAGGUUGUUAUUCGGCGCUUCUGUGCAUGUCUGAUCGCCGAAACCCGGAAGUAACCCAUUCUGGUACUUCUGGGUUUCGGCAUUCCACUCUCUCCUGAAAACUUUCUGCAUAGCUUCUAAUGUCCUUCAAGGCCAAAGUACAGUGGUACCUCAGGUUACAGAUGCUUCAGGUUACAGAUGCUUUAGGUUACAGACUCCGCUAACCCAGAAAUAGUACCUCGGGUUAAGAACUUUGCUUCAGGAUGAGAACAGAAAUUGCACCACAGCGGCAGUGGGAGGUACCUCAGGUUAAGAACAGUUUCAGGUUAAGAACGAAUUAAGUUCUUAGCCCAAGGUACCACUGUAAAGUGUUUUAAAAUGGAAGCAGAUGUAUUGGAUUUAUUUUACUCUAAGCACAGCGAGACUUGGUCUUGAAACGACUGCUUCCUAUUCUUUCCUAUUGAAAUUCACUUUGUUAGUUGGGGCCCAGUUCUCCAAUCUGUUAAGGUCACCUUGCAUCCCAGCAUUAGCUACUCCUUCCAGUUUUGUGCCACCGGUAAAUUGAAUGAACAUCCCCACAAUUCCUUCGUCCAAGUCAUGUAUAAAGACAUUGAACAACAGUGGGCCCAGGACAGAACCCUGCGGUACCCUACUUAUUACCUUUUAUCAGGAUGAUGAGGAACCGUUUGGGUUUGGUCAGCCAGCCAGCUACUAAUCCACCUAACAGAAUCCUCAUUCAGUCCACCAGCUUCUAUGCAAGAAUAUAAUGGGUGUUGUUUUUUUUCAAAAGCCUUACUGAAAUCAAGAGAUAUCAUUUACCAACUAUAUGGAAGUUAAUAAUGGGACAACAAAAAUAGAUUUUAUGCACUCUAAUGGUAGCCAAGAGGCUGAUAUAUAUUUUUUAUAUCUUAAUACAAUGUUUUUCCCAUUUACACAGUUGUGUGUUGUGUUCUUUGUUCUUUCUCUUUGUAUCACUUUACAGUGGAAUGGUUCCACUGGAACCUUGGUUCCCGAACUUAAUCCGUUCUGGGAGUCUGUUCGAUUCCUGAAACAGUUUGGGAACCAAGGCAGGGCUUCUGAUUGGCUGCAGCAGCUACUUGCAGCCAAUCAGAAGCUGCGGAAGCCGUGCCGGGCGUUCGACUACCAAAGAACAUUCCAAAGAACCGGAACAAUUACUUCCGGUUUUUUGUUUGUUCAGCUCCCAAGGCAUUCGGGAGCCAAGGUUCCACUAUAUUACUUUAUAAUUGAAAGAAAUUCAAUAAAAAUAUCAAUAAAUUUUUUAUUAAAAGAUAUACUAUGAGUGGUGGAUGUGAUAUUGGGUUGGAUGAAGUGAAUAUUGUUUUUAUAUAGCAGACAGAUGAAGAAUCGGAAGUACUUUACUUUCUGAAUCUUAUUUUUCUAUCUUUCUCUUUUAACUUCUUUCUUUCUUUCUUUCUCCUUCUCAAUUUCUCCACACACACACACCACCACUUUGCAUGUUUUUAUUGUAUCUAGAUAAAAUUAUUAGUUAGUUUUAAAACAGAGAAAAUAUAUUAAAAUUUUCCUCUUUCAUUAUAAACCUUAAUAAAAUUUAUUUUAAUAAAUCAAGACAUAAUAUGUCAACAGCAUUCCUCCAAUUCCCUACCCCUGGGCUAUGGCCUGAGAGACUCAGCUGUGGCAGACUGGGUUAUCAGUGGUACAAUUGGAGCAACUGCUUUGACAGAAAACCUCUCUCCCCCCCAAAACUUGGUAUUUUGAUGUCGUUCUUCUUCGUACUGCCAAGAAUCGGCAGACUCCCUUAUGGGUUGCACAUCUAACCCACAAGACAGCAGUCUGGUGACAAAUGUGGAUGACCCCAGUGCUUUUGCACUCCUUGGCUGACAUACUGAAAAGAGGUGCAGGGGCAGUUGGGUAGACCAAGUGGUCUACACCACUACGUUUACACCCUCAUUGGAAAAGGGACUAAAGAGUCUUUCCUUCCUUUUUUUAUUUUCUAUGAGAGCUGCAUAUUCUGUGAAAGGACUAUGGUAAUUUACCAUUUAUCUUUCUUAUGGACUCUCUGGACGUCCUUCUUAUUUAAUAUUCACAACUAUUUUCAAUCCUGCUAUCAAUAGCAUUUGCUUCUGCAAAUGUUUUGGGGCUCAUGUACUCCUUUGUUUCCAGCUCAUGCAUGUCCUGCAACUUCCUGUUAAAAUCCUGUAAAUUUUCAUCUCACAAGUUUUCUGAGACUCUUUAGGGGGGUUCCCACUUUUGUUGUGUCCCUCCAUAUGGCAAUAAUGUGGUAAGACUGGGGAAACAUCACAGAACAAUUAGAAAAGCAGAAGGAUGCAUGGGCAGUCAAAAACAAAUUCACCACUAAUGCACUGUUGUGCCAAUGACACGUUGUGGAAUCGCAUCAUUCUGGAGGGACCCUUUCUAUUUGUCAGAGAUGGAUGUUCAGAGAACGAAUUAGGGACACUUCCAGGUUAUUAUUAUAUUACCUAUGGGAUUCAGUCACAUACUCACAAAUUCAGGUCGCGGAAUUAAAGGGAAUUGGGCAUUAAGAUAAAAUCCUGCCAAAUCUCCUUCUCUUUCAUUUUUUUCUUUUUCUAGGUAUAUGGGACUUUGCCCAAGCCAGGCAGGACUACCACUGAAGAAACAAAAUGGUGGUCCUGUUACACUGCCCCACUAG